AUGCUCGUGGCGUGGCGUGAGUUGCUAAAGGCGGUGUCGGGGCCGGCAGCGCGGGAUGGCGGCCGGCUGUGCGGCAGCGGCCGCGAGAUGACGGGGGCGGCGGGCCGCCCACUGGUGGCGCUGGCGCUGGCGCUGGCGCUGCUGUCCGCCGGCGGCGGGGGCGGCCCGCCCGCCGCCGCCACCUCCUCCUGCUCCUGCUACAACUUCGAGGACGGCCUCUACCUGGAGUGCCCGGCCGCCAACGCCACCUCGCUGCGCCACGUGCUCGCGCUCGUCGCCGCCCCCGUGCAGUCGCUCAACGUCUACGACCUCGAUCGCUCCGUCUCUUCCCUGACGGCGGAGCUGUUCCCGGCGGGCACGUCGGUGCGGCACCUGCAGAUCUCGCAGUCGGCGCUGCGCGGCAUCGGCGAGGACGCGCUGGCGGCGGUGCGCGCCUCCCUGGAGUCGCUGAGCGUCAUCUCCGGCCGGCUGGCGCAGGUGCCGCAGAAGGCGCUGUCCGGGCUGACGCGCCUGCGCGCGCUCGACCUCGAGGCCAACGAGGUGGCCGACCUCACCAGCUACUCCUUCUACGGGCUGUCGCUCGUCAAGCUCAACCUCAAGGGCAACGUCGUCGAGAAGAUCUCCGAGUACGCCUUCGCCGGACUCGAAGCCACGCUCACCGAGCUCGACCUCGCCGAGAACAAGCUCAAGAUGUUCCCGAUGCCGGCGCUGAGGCGACUGGAGAACCUGCGCUCGCUGCGGAUGGCGUGGAACGAGAUCGGCGCCAUCCCGGACGACGGCUACUCCCGUCUCGGCGCGCUGCUCUUCCUCGACCUGAGCUCCAACAACUUCGAGCUCAUCCCCGCCGAUUGCUUCCGACCGUUGCCCUCCGUGCGGACGCUCUCCCUCUACUACAACGCCAUCGAGUCGGUGCACGCCGAGGCGUUCGUAUCGCUCGUCGACCUCGAGUCCAUUGACCUCAGCCACAACAACAUCGUCUUUCUGGACGCCGUAACGUUCCAGGCGAACAAGAAACUGCGAACUAUAGACCUCAGCCACAACCACAUACACUACAUCAGUGGGGUGUUCGCCAACCUGCCGGAACUCAGGGAACUGUUUCUGUCAGAGAACAACAUACUAGAAAUUCCCAGCGACGCAUUCACCGCUUCUUCACAGCUGACGGUUAUCUACCUGCAGCAGAAUGCCAUUAGGCGAGUUGACCCGUCAGCGCUCAAUACGCUAGUCAAUCUGGUGCAGCUCCACCUAAGCGCCAACUUCAUUCGAGUAUUUCCGAAGGAUCUGCUGCGGAAUGUGACGAGUCUCCAGUCGCUCAGCCUCGACAGUAAUAACAUAGCAGGGCUGGAAGUGGGUACUUUCGAGACAGUGAAAAGCUUGAAGGAGCUUAGGUUGCACAGCAACCGCAUCGUCGACAUUACGAGAGGAGUGUUCGACCCGCUUCCGUCCCUGUUGGAGCUCCACCUGCAAAACAACCUAAUCACAAAUAUCGAGUCAGGAGCAUUUCGCAGUCUACAGAGCCUCCAGCACGUCAACCUACAAGGCAACCUGUUGGCCCAGCUUGGCGACGUCUUUUUACACGAGUCACCGUCCCUCGUAUCCAUACAGCUCGAUUCCAAUACUUUGGUUGACCUGCACAACGAUUCUCUCCGCGGACAGUCCAGUGUUCAGAUCAUGUGGCUAGGGCACAAUCGCCUCACCAGGGUGGAUCGCGCAAUAUUCCGGGAUCUGAUGCUGAUACAGCGGGUCUAUCUCACUAAUAACAGCAUAUCGCACAUCGAGGACAAAGCCUUCGAACCGAUGCAGGCACUAAAGUUCCUGGAUUUGAGCCUCAACAGCUUGAGGCACAUCACCAUCAACACAUUCGCCGAACUUCAUGAACUGGAAGAGCUUUACCUGUCAGGUAACGGCAUUCUCCAAAUCGAUCCCAGGGCGUUGACAUCGCUGAAGAAACUUAGGGUUCUCGACUUAUCCACCAACAGUAUCGCCGUGCUCCAUGACGAUAUUUUUCAAGAGGGACUUCCUAUCCGAAUACUUAAUCUUAAAAACUGUACGGUAACAAAAAUUGAGAAAGGUGCUUUCAGAGGCCUCAAUAACUUGAACGAACUGAACCUGCAAAACAACCGACUGAAAGCGAGUUCUCUCCGCCAGAUAGAUAUUCCCGGGCUGCGAAUACUGUACGUGUCUGGUAAUAAUUUUAGUGAUAUACAGAGUAACGCUCUAGAAGGACUGCCGUCUCUACAGACUCUCGCGAUAGAUAAUGCUCAAAUAGUCAGACUACCAAAGAAUAUUCUAAGUAAAAACAAAGACAUUAUUAGAAUAGAUAUGAGUGGUAACCGACUGAAACAACUUAGCCGCGAAACAUUCUCCGGCUUGAAAACGUUGAGAGAAGUCAGGUUACACCGCAAUUCAUUCCCAGACGUUCCGUACGCAGCCAUAUCGAACAUUUCUACGAUAGAAGUACUCGUCCUUUCAGGGAACUCCCUUACGAGUAUCGAUAUGAGCAAACUGAGUGCUCUUAACAGAUUACGGGAGAUCGACCUCAGGGAUAAUGCUCUAUCAUCCCUUUCCGGAUUUGCUUCGGUGAACUUCACGCACCUUCUCAAGGUGGAUAUGAGUUUCAAUUCCUUAUCGGCGCUGCCGGCUAACUUCUUCCACUUGUCGACGUCGCUGCGCCGGCUCGACCUGUCGUAUAACCGCUUCAGGCAGAUACCCACGGUGGCGCUGUCCGACCAGAACCUGCCCAGUCUGGGCUGGCUCAACCUGACAGGUAAUCCUCUGACCCUCAUCCACGACCUGUCCUCGGUGCAGCGUUUCAACAGCCUGCAGGAGGUGCACAUCAGCGCCACCAACCUGACCAUCGUGACCAGCAAGGACUUCGAGGCGUUCCCCACGCUGCUGCACCUCUUCCUCGACCAGAACCGGCUGUCGCGCAUCUCGCCAGGCGCCUUCCGCAGCCUGUCCAACCUGCUGUCGCUGGACCUCGGGGUCAACGAGCUGGAACUACUGCCGCAGGAGAGGCUCACCGGCCUCCACCACCUGCGACUCCUCAACGUCACCCACAACAGGUUGAAGGAGCUCGAGGAAUUUCCGCAGGACCUCAAGUCGCUCCAGAUUCUCGACCUCUCCUUCAAUCAGGUGACGCGCGUGGGCAAGCACACGUUCCGGCACCUGGCCAACCUGGCGGAGCUGCACCUGUACGGCAACUGGAUCUCGGCCGUGGCCAGCGACGCCUUCCGGCCGCUCAAGAAGCUGCGCCUGCUCGACCUGAGCCGCAACUACCUGGAGAACCUGCCGCUCAGCGCCUUCCGCCCGCUCGAGACGCAGAUACGCAGCCUGAGGACCGAAGAGAACCCUCUGCACUGCGGCUGCGAGUCGCAGGAGAUGUGGCAGUGGCUGCGCGACCACCAGAAGCUGGUGGGCGUGACGACGCGCUCGCUGCGCUGCGAGCAGCCGCCAGAGCUGCGCGGGCUCGUCUUCAUGGAGCUGGAGCCGCCGCGCUUCUGCUCGACGCCGCUGGUGCUCAAGCUGGCCAUCCAGGACAUCCAGCCGUUCAGCGUGCUCGUCUCGUGGCAGAGCCGCGAGCACUCGGGCCUGCUCGGCUACCGCGUCGCUUACCACGCGCUAGACCGCGACGACGCCCAGCAGUUUUACUGCUAA